AUGAGCGGCUCGGCCCCUGCCCUGCCGCGCCUGGCGCGGCGCGCGGCGCCAGCGGCGGCGGCGAUGCCACGCCCUGUACCUGCCGCGGGCGCGUGGCCGACGGACGAGCUGCGUCCGACGCCGCCAGCUGCGCCGCCGCCGGCUCACAUGCGGCGUGCUUCGCGUGGUGGCUCGCGACCGGGCGCCGCGGCCGGCGACUUCGAUGUGGAGCCCGCGGCCGUGGCGUCGGUCGUCGCUGCGGGGGUCGUGGUGACUCGGCUGCGCGGGGGGAAGAUCCCCGAGGAGUUCCCGAAGGGCCGGCUGGAGCCGACGGACGGCAGCGAGUUGGGCUGCGCGUUCCGCGAGCUCGCCGAGGAGUCGGGGCUGCAGCUCGAGGAUGUGCGCUGGUACCACCAUCGGCUGGCCGCUGGCGACGAAGGCCGUUGGUGCCUUCGCGAGGUGCGGACUCGUGAAGUGCGCUUCGCUCCGCGAGCUGCAAGCGGCCACAGUGAAGGGCGAGUUCUUGGCGAGUUCUUGCAACGCGCCGAGGAGGCGCUGAAGCGGGCGAGGCCGAAGGAGCUCGACCUGCAGCCGGGGCGUCGGUCGCCGGCCGCCGAGGCGACGGAGCCCGAGGCCAAGGCGAGACCGAAGCGGAAGGCGCCUCGCGGCAGCGCGGGCUGGGAGGCGCCUCCCGCGGCGCCGCCGCUGCCACCGCCGCCGCCACCGCCCGUGGCUGCGCCCGCCCCGCCUCCAGCGCCGGCGCCGGAGCCGCCGGCGCCCGCGCCCCCGCCGCCCGCGCCCCCGCCAGCGGCCCCGCCAGAGCCAGCGGCGCCAUCGGGAUCGCCAGAGAGGCCGCUGCCGCCGUGGCGCGGCGGAGACUCUUCGCGCCCGGCCGGGGAAGCGGACGAGGCGCGGCGACAGCAGGGGCUGGGCUGGCGCCAGCGUCCGGGUGCCGCCAGCGACGACGAGAAGGAGGUCGCGGACGCCGAGUCCAGCGUGCCGACGCUGCUGGACGAGGUUGAGGCGGAACCGCCGCGGCGCGCGGCCGGUGGCUCGCGAGACAUCUCUCCGCUGCCGCAUGGGCGCAUGGGCCGGCUUGUGACUGGAGGCCGGGGCCGCUCGCUCGAGGCGCAACGCGAUGACGCUCUCGCUGCUCUGAAUUGGCUCGCUGCUUACAAUUUCGAAACUGGGGCCGCCGUCGCGGAGGGGGGUGCAGGGCGCGGGGCUGUGGCCGCCCGCGCUGAAGAGCUCCUGGAGAGGAUGCAGCCGGCGCUGGAUGACGAAACCGCCCCAUCGCCUCAAGAGGCCAUCCGUGACCAUCUACAGGGGCGGGCCGCGCGCGAAUGCGAGCCCGUCAGCAGGGCGCUUGCGCCCUACCGUCGCGACGCAGUGUCGCUACCCGAGUCGGUCGCUGAGUGUGGUCUCUUCUCGGAGCUGCGCGACGCCUGCUGGCGUUUUACGGAGGGGCAUGGCCGACGAAUUCUUCGAUCGGCGGAAAAUCGACAGAGGUCACAUGACCGGCCCGUGGCUCCAUGCUUGGAUCCUGGCUUGAGCCGCAGCUGGCGGCGGUGCGCCGACUUCAUUAAUUACCAGCCCGCGGGGGCGUGGGCUUGUGAGGUUCGGCCGAAGCUGCGUCGAGCAGCUGUUCUUUGUUUGGAAGAAGGGGCGUUUGAAGAUGCGCAUGAUUCUGGGCUGCAGAAGAUGCAGUGGUUUUCGACGGCACCGCGCGCUGAGCUGCUCGCGGCCGAGGGGCUCGCAGGAGUCGAGGCCGAGAGUUUCGAGGGCGGCUCGGUGCCCGUGUUCGUGGGCGUUGCCGACGUGAAGGACGCGUUCCACAGGUUGAUUAUGCCAGAGUGGCUCUCGCGAGAUGCGCAUGAUUCUGGGCUGCAGAAGACGCAGUGGUUUUCGACGGCACCGCGCGUUGAGCUGCUCGCGGCCGAGGGGCUCGCGGGAGUCGAGGCCGAGAGUUUCGAGGGCGGCUCGGUGCCCGCGUUCAUGGGCGUUGCCGACGUGAAGGACGCGUUCCACAGGUUGAUUAUGCCAGAGUGGCUCUCGCGAUAUUUUGGCCUGCCCGAUGCGCUGGCCGAGGGCGUCGGCGCGGUCGGCCAGGUGAUUGACGGGGCCGUCGCCGCUGCAGGAGAUGCGAUCGCGCCGUUGGCGCGGGCGCUGCCCACGGGGUUCACCUGGAGUCUCUUCUUCUGCCAGCGGAUAGGCGAGAAUAUUUGCCAGCGGGUGCCCGCGCUCCACGCCUCGGGGCCGCUGAGGGACCGCGGUCGGCCUGCCGUUCUCGUCCUGAGUAACGGUCUGCACGAGCUCAGGCACUACUUGCACGUGGACAGCCUGGGGGUAAUUGGCGAUGGCCGCUCGGAGGUGGAGCGCUCGCUCGCUGACGUAGCAAAGGUCUUUGAGAGCUUCGGCCUGCUGGCGCGCGGAGAAGAGGUGGGGGGCGACGCCGCGGAGGCGCUCGCGGUUGUCCUCGACGGAGAUAUGCAGCGCACCUCGCUGACGAACAACGGGGCGGUGGUGGAGAUCAUCUUGGGGCACUGUGCCUUCUGCGGCCUGGUGCGGCGACCCGUUUUGUCGUGCUUCAAUUCGGUGUGCAAGCUCAUCUCCUUGAACUAUUCUGUCCAGCAGCCGCUGUGGCCGUCCGCGAGGGACGAGCUGCGGGCUUUCCUCGGGAUGAUGCCCUUAUUGUGCUCGGACUGGUGGCCAGGAUGGAAUCGACUGGCGAGCGCCAGUGACGCCUCGGAGUGGGGCUUUGGGCUCUCCACCAGCCUCUGGAGCGAUGAAGAGGUGAAGACUGCUGGCCGCGCUCGCGAGAGGGGCCGCUUCCGUGACGUCCGAGCGGCGCAGGCGCGGGGGCGCGCGUUGACGGCUGCUGGAGUUGGGGGGCUCGCGGGGCUGCCGCCGCUGGCCGAG